GCCAAAGGCUAUAAAUAUGAUUGACUGGCCGGUCCAAUCGAGCAGUUAAAUUUUGAAUUUCGUUCGCACAGCCAGUCGGAGGAGCAGUAAUCGAAAGGGAGCCAUGUUGGUCAAGGUCUUAAUGCUCGCAUUGCUCGCGGUCCUGAGCCAGGCGAAGCCCCAGCUGUUGGUCACGACGCCAGUGAGUUAUGCAACCGGGGCGGGGGGCACCUGGCUGGCCACCGCCCCCUCCUCCGCCUACUACCCCGCCUAUGCCAGCUAUCCGGCCUACGCGGCGUAUGCGUAUGCACCGGUUUAUGGCGCAUACGCCACGUAUCCCUACUACCCGUAUCUAAGGCGCUGAAUCUGGAAUGGAUGCCUGUUGCUGUUGGCCUCUGUGCUGGUCAUCUUAAAUAUUCAGUGAAUUUGUGGCAUUCCUACUUUAUGUACCGUGCUAUUUCUUAAACCAAUGUUGAGGUUCCAUAAAUUAGAAGCAGUUUAAUUUAAUAAGGAAAUUGUUAUCCUUGAGAAUAUCUUGUUGAACAUUUUUUCUUUUUAACUAUGUAACUCCUAUUAUAAAUAAUAAAUUGUCUGUUUUUAAAUUUUAAA